AUGAAGCUAUCAAAUGCAAUCACCGUGGGUUUAGCAAACCGGGCAUUGGCUGUUGAUUUCCAUACCCCGAUUGACUAUAACUCGGCUCCGCCAAACCUUUCUACCCUGGCAAACGCAUCUCUUUUCAAGACAUGGAGACCCAGAGCCCAUCUUCUCCCUCCAUCUGGGAACAUAGGCGACCCGUGCGGGCACUAUACCGAUCCCAAGACUGGUCUCUUCCACGUGGGUUGGCUUUACAGUGGGAUUUCGGGAGCGACAACCGACGAUCUCGUUACCUAUAAAGACCUCAAUCCCGAUGGAGCCCCGUCAAUUGUUGCAGGAGGAAAGAACGACCCUCUUUCUGUCUUCGAUGGCUCGGUCAUUCCAAGCGGUAUAGACGGCAUGCCAACUCUUCUGUAUACCUCUGUAUCAUACCUCCCAAUCCACUGGUCCAUCCCCUACACCCGGGGAAGCGAGACACAAUCCUUGGCCGUUUCCUAUGACGGUGGUCACAACUUCACCAAGCUCAACCAAGGGCCCGUGAUCCCUACGCCUCCGUUUGCUCUCAAUGUCACCGCUUUCCGUGACCCCUACGUUUUCCAAAGCCCAAUUCUGGACAAAUCUGUCAAUAGUACCCAAGGAACAUGGUAUGUCGCCAUAUCUGGCGGUGUCCACGGUGUCGGACCUUGUCAGUUCCUCUACCGUCAGAACGACGCAGAUUUUCAAUAUUGGGAAUAUCUCGGGCAAUGGUGGAAGGAGCCCCUUAAUACCACUUGGGGAAAGGGUGACUGGGCCGGGGGUUGGGGCUUCAACUUUGAGGUUGGCAACGUCUUUAGUCUGAAUGCAGAGGGGUAUAGUGAAGACGGCGAGAUAUUCAUAACCCUCGGUGCUGAGGGUUCGGGACUUCCCAUCGUUCCUCAAGUCUCCUCUAUUCGCGAUAUGCUGUGGGUGACCGGCAAUGUCACAAAUGACGGCUCUGUCACUUUCAAGCCAACCAUGGCGGGUGUGCUUGACUGGGGCGUGUCGGCAUAUGCUGCUGCAGGCAAGAUCUUGCCGGCCAGCUCUCAGGCAUCCACAAAGAGCGGUGCCCCCGAUCGGUUCAUUUCCUAUGUCUGGCUCACUGGAGAUCUAUUCGAGCAAGUGAAAGGAUUCCCUACCGCUCAACAAAACUGGACCGGGGCCCUCUUACUGCCGCGAGAGCUGAAUGUCCGCACUAUCUCUAACGUGGUGGAUAACGAACUUUCGCGUGAGUCCUUGACAUCGUGGCGCGUGGCCCGCGAAGACUCUGGUCAGAUCGACCUUGAAACAAUGGGAAUCUCAAUUUCCAGGGAGACUUACAGCGCUCUCACAUCCGGCUCAUCUUUUGUCGAGUCUGGUAAAACGUUGUCGAAUGCUGGAGCAGUGCCCUUCAAUACCUCACCCUCAAGCAAGUUCUUCGUGCUGACAGCAAAUAUAUCUUUCCCGACCUCUGCCCGUGACUCUGGCAUCCAGGCUGGUUUCCAGGUUUUAUCCUCUAGUCUUGAGUCUACAACUAUCUACUACCAAUUCUCCAACGAGUCCAUCAUCGUCGACCGCAGCAACACGAGUGCUGCGGCGAGAACAACUGCUGGGAUCCUCAGUGAUAACGAGGCGGGACGUCUGCGCCUCUUCGACGUGUUGCGAAAUGGAAAAGAACAGGUUGAAACUUUGGAGCUCACUAUCGUGGUGGAUAAUAGUGUACUGGAAGUAUAUGCCAAUGGACGCUUUGCUCUAGGCACUUGGGCUCGGUCUUGGUACGCCAACUCGACUAAAAUUAACUUCUUCCAUAACGGCGUGGGAGAAGCGACAUUCGAAGAUGUGACGGUCUUUGAAGGACUGUAUGAUGCCUGGCCACAAAGGAAGUGA